AUGAAUUUAUCUGAGACUAACAACGAUAUUCAACUGACGAUGGUUGAAAUAUUAGAAUUUAUUUGGACAUUGGUCGAUAACACUAUUCUGAUACCACAAUUACUCAAAGCGAAUUGUGUUGCAUUCACACUCAAGUGGAUUAACAUGAAAGAAUUGCCAUUCGCUAUUCAACGAGCCAGUAUUCGGCUCUUAUACAAUAUGGCGCGACAUGAAAAAGGAUGCGAUGCAUUGAAAGGAGCCGAUGCUCUCCGUUUACUGCAAGAAUUCAAACAACGAACUUUGGAUCCAACCGUUGAUGACACAGCUUAUGAAGACAUGCGUUUACUCUUUUCUAUGGCACUAGCAUUGUUGACAGAACCGAAAGAAAUCAAAAGCGAUGCCAAAUCACUGAGAAAAGUGCUCGAUAAACUCAUGCAGAUGACGGUCAAUACUGCACAGAAAAAAAAUCAUAAAUAUGGUGAUUUCGAUAUCAGUGAACCAUUAGUAGUUUUCACAAAACUUUUUGUUCAUGACGACAUUGUGCAUUACUGUGUCAAGGAAUCUCAAGUCAAAAAUAUGAAAGUGCCUUCAAAAAUCGCCUUCUUCUGUGAUCUAGUGAUGCAAUUUCGAGGUGCUCUCGCCAAUGAUGACGAACUCGAUCAACUAACUCUCACAGCACUGAUGAACAUCAUUUGGAGUAUUUCGUUUCAUGACGAUUAUGUCAACGAGCUCAAAUCGAGUGCGAAGUUUCUCAUCACUGUCAAAAGUCUGGCCAAUGACGAUGGAGAAGCUUGGGUUGAACAAUAUGUACCGAAACAUAUGUCAUCGGUAAAAAAAGCAGCCGCCGGUAUUUUAUGGAAUCUUGACGAAAAUAAUCCAGGUUAG